AUGGUUCGUCUCCAAACAGGCUUGACCCAUGUGCGAUGGGUGGCAGCGGCCCCCACAUGGACAACCAAGAUCCUCUGGUACCCCUUCCUGUUAGAUCUCACUCAGAGGAGCCUCACCUCUAAGCACAAGUAUCAUGAGGAAGAAGCCGUUGAUCUUGAACGUGGCUCAGCCAAUGCAGAAGAUAGGAUAGAAUCCAACCUACUGGUUCCAAACUCCACGUAUGAUGCAUGCUCUGAGUCCUUCAUCGCUGCCGAUGGGGAACACAUCAAAGCUUCAACUGACUACUUUGCAGAUACCGGAGUCAUGGCUAUCCUGUGCCAUCAUGACAUACCCCUCUUCCUUGUCAACAUCCAGACCGCUGGCAAGAAGCAGCACUACCUUUUUGCACUGAUUGCAAAAUUCUUCGAACACAUCCCAGACCACUGGCAAGUGGGAAUACUGUAUGACAUAGGGUCGCCUGAAUGGGGACCCCAUAUUGCAUGGGGUGUUUCUAUUUUCCAUGCAUAUGGGCAUCAAUUUGCAUGCCAACUCUGGUAUCGUCCACGUAAAUCAGAGUGCUGGGGCCUCACUGACGGCAAGGGCUGCAAGAGGGUGUGGAGUCAACUUUGGCAGUUGGUUCCAGGGCUUCACAUUACUGGCCAUUAUCAUCGCCUCUUCUUAAUUGAUAUACAAGCUGAGCACAUCGAGUCAGCAAAACUGCCUGAUGCUGGCAAAUGGCUUAAAGACCGUUUCAAGAGAGCCAAUGAACGACUCCAGAAGGUCACAACUCACCUGGCAACAAACAACUGUGUUCCUAUCCCAGAGUUGUUGGAGCAGUUUGAUGAUCAACGGUUGAGUGCCACUUUGAGGACUCAGGAGGCACUCUAUGAUGAGGUUGUUAGUGCUGAAUCGGGACAUGAGGAUUAUGUUCAGGAUCCUGAGUCGCAAGACUUUGUGCAGAAAGUCGCAGCUGAAGUGGCUAAGCUGAAGCAAUCCCUCACCACUGCUAUGCAAGCCAUCAGUGCUCAGGUUGGAGAAGCUGAAGAAUGA